CAUAUAAUUUUGCUUGGCUUUUAUUAUAUUCAUGGGUUAUUGACGAUAAUGUAUAGUAUGACAUUGGAAUAUAUCAUUUGAAACACAACCUAUAGAUUUCUAAAUGAUCACAUGAAUAUCAAAAUGAUAGGCCCGGCCCGGAUUUUCUAUAAUGAUUUUUAUAUUUUCCUUUUAAUAUUUUUACGUAUUUAUAUUUCUUAUUCUUAUGUCUUCUGCAAGUAUAAUUAGGGAACACUAAAAUAAAAAAAAAUCUGAUUAUCUAAAUUAAUAUACACAUCAGACUCAUCACUGACUAUCCAAUACAUAUUAAAAACAAAUUCGGCAUGCGUCCUACGCGUUGUGACCUGCCAAAUAAAUCACAAUCGCAUCUCCGAACAAUGGCCGCGAGAUCAGAGGGGUGCGCGCCCCAUCUGCGUCGCCCGAUCGAUCUAUGGACCGCUCCAACUUCUCGCCGCUCUUAGCCUCAUUAUCUGACAGCCCCGUUCUAAAUUCAAACGUCCACGCACAUAGACUCCAAAAAAGUUAUAACCGGCCAGUCCGAUCUAGUUAUUUUAUUUUCUGACAGUGUUAUGUGUUAAUUAAAAAUUAUGGAGGGGCGGAGGACUUGGGAUGGCGUGCCGCUGGGCGAAUCGCACUCUCCACCACAAUCGGUGCCGGGCCGAAGGACUCCUUUGGGUGCUGUCGGCCUGGGGGGCUUCUACAUGCAGGGAGGCCAGCCUCCGCCUCCGCAACACUGCUAUCCGACUGACGAAAAUCAACCUGAACCUGGAACAAGCUAUGGACAACGAGCAUUGGGCGAUGGUAAAUCCAAACAGAAAAUGCGACAAGGCAAAAACGUACGUUUAAAUAUAAAUGCAAGGGAACGCAGAAGAAUGCACGAUUUAAACGAUGCACUGGACGAACUACGCGGUGUUAUUCCCUACGCUCACUCACCAUCUGUGCGGAAGUUGUCCAAGAUAGCCACAUUAUUAUUAGCUAAAAAUUACAUUCUGAUGCAGGCCAGUGCUCUAGAAGAAUUACGGAGACUGGUGGCAUAUCUGCAAGGGACAGCAACAGCAGCUGGGAUAGUGCCUCCACCAGGGUUUGAUUUGACUGGAUUUCCAGCAGCAGCUAAGCUCUUACAAAACCCUCUACCCGGCCCCCCCGCUCCACCAGAACCGCCCUCUUGAGAUCCAGAAAUAAAACAAGAGCCUUAAACGACAGGUGAUAAACACCAGUUAUAUACAAAAUUACAAAUAUAGAGCUCUUUAUUAUUCAGUUUAAAAACGUAUAGCAAUUCUGUCAGAUUUCUCCUGCCGUG